AUGCACUGUUUUACUGCCUUGACCAACGUGUUUGUCGUUUCUUCCGGUGGCCCCUGGGUCCCCUGGUGCUGCGUUGGGUGUAGUGCGCAGGCGCGGAGGCUUGUCCGUACUGUGAAGGGGAGGGGGGGGGGUCAGCACUGGACCCCUGAGCAGAGCGCGGUGUGGUCACUGUACUCACUUGUGACUUUGGAGAUCUACGGAGCGGAGUGCGUCCCGUCCCAUCCGCAGGAAAAUGACCCAAACAAGCGGAUUAUAAUGGCCAAAUUUAAAAUGAAACUUUGUCAACCAUGGAUUAUUUUUGCUUUGUGUUUCCCUCUGUCGGGGGUUUUCUGCUUUAGUGAGCUGUCCUUCAUCACCGAGCCCAGCGAUGUGAUAGUAUUACCAAAGGAUCCUGCCGUCCUGGACUGUCAGGCUCAUGGGCAGCCUCCAGUCUCCAUCAAGUGGCUUAAAAACGGAGUCCGCCUGGCAGAAAGCAAGCACAUACACUUUCUGCCCAACGGCUCCUUGUACAUACCAAAGAUUACACACGACGCGGAGGAAUCAGAUGAAGGAUUCUACCAGUGCCUCUCCCAAAACAAAUUUGGAGCAAUCCUAAGCCAAAGAUCUCGUCUGACUAUCGCAACUAUCUCCGGGUUUCUCACCCAUCCAGUGCCUAUGGUGGCGAUGGAGGGCUCAGUGGCACGGUUCUUCUGUGCAGUGGCCUCCAACCCUCCAGCCACCAUCACCUGGGAGCUCGACCAAAGCACACUGCCCCUUUCCACUGAUCGAAUGACUGUGUUGCCAAACGGAGUCCUGCAAAUCCACAAUGUACAACUAGGGGACGCUGGACAAUACCGGUGUGUGGCGUCCAACAUCGGGAGCCGCCUCAGGAGCAGAGAAGCAGCUCUUACAGUCACUCAAGUUUCCGGCCCCAAACCCCGGCAGAGGCCCCGAAUCAUUGCUGGACCUCAGAACGUCACCGUGUCCCUCCGUCAGACCGUGGUGCUGGAGUGCGUGGCCACCGGGAAUCCGUGGCCGAUCAUCUCCUGGAGCCGCGCCGACAGCAAACCCAUCGACGUGUACAACGCCAAAGUUCUGGGAAACGGAAACUUGGUGAUCACGGAUGUAAACGUCAGACACAGCGGGGUCUAUCUGUGCAGGGCCACCACUCCAGGGACCCGCAACUACACCAUCGCUGCUGCUAACAUCACCGUUCUAGUUCCCCCAACCUUUGUGGAAAAACCUGAAAGCCAAACCCGUCCAAGAGCAGGCACAGCGAGGUUCAUGUGCCAGGCUGAAGGAGUGCCCACGCCUCGUAUCAUCUGGUUGAAGAAUGGAGAAGAGGUCCAUCUCAACGGCAGGAUCAAGUUAUACAACAGUAAACUGGUGAUAACCCAGAUCAUCCCAGAAGACGAUGCCAUCUACCAGUGCGUGGCCGAGAGCGAGCAGGGGUCGGUCCUGUCCUUGGCUCGUCUCAUUGUGGUCAUGUCUGAGGACCGGCCCAGUGCACCCAGGAACAUCCACGCUGAGACCAUCUCCAGCUCAGCCAUCUUACUGGCCUGGGAGAGACCCCUCUACAACGCAGACAAAGUCAUAGCUUACUCCAUCCAUUAUAUGAAGGCGGAAGGUCUGAACAACGAAGAAUACCAGGUUGUUAUUGGAAAUGACACAACCAGUUACAUCAUCGACGACCUCGAACCCGCACGAAACUACAGCUUCUAUAUUGUGGCCUACAUGCCGAUGGGAGCCAGCCGUAUGUCGGACCAAGUCAGUCAACAUACUCUGGAAGAUGUACCUCUCAGAACACCAGAGCUGACCCUGACCAGCCACAGCUCCACAGACAUCCAAGUGAGCUGGACUCCUCUGCCCAUCAAACUGAGCCGAGGGCGGGUGUCUGCUUACCGCCUCUCCUACCGCACGGCUGGCGACGCCUCGAUCACCUCCGUGGAGCUGCCCCAGAACACCACCGAGUACCUACUGGAGGACCUUCAGCCAGACAACAUCUACCUGCUGCGGAUGGCGGCCUCCACACGGGCCGGAUGGUGCGAGCCCUCGGCCUGGACCUCCCAUCGCACUCCUCGCACCACCAGCAGCAAAGUGCCUUCAGCUCCGAUCCUGCAGUUGGAGCCACUCAACUGUACGUCUGUAGUGGCGCGCUGGCAGCCCUCGGCAGACUCGGUCCCUGCCAUUGGUUUCAGACUGGUUUACCACCAAGAGGACCAACCAGAGCAGCCCACCGUCCAGCUACAAGCUCUCAACCACAGCUACACCAUCAGCGGACUAGACCCAAGGAAAAAGUACCAUGUCAAGAUCCUUGCUGUGGGCCAAGCUGGAGAGGGCUACCAAACUGACCAAACAGUGACUACCCCUGGAUGCCUGUCAACUAGAGACCAGCUCGCAGCAACACCUCCCGCUCCAAACAACAUGAUGGUACUGGCCCAUAACUCCACAUCGGUGUCUCUGCGCUGGAGCCGUCCUGCCUUCACCUCCGGGAAAUCUGUGAGCUUCACUCUCCGCUGUACUCCGGUGGGAACACACAACGCCACCGCCAUCCGAUACCUGCAAACCGCUAAGCAGAGUGUCAUGGUUCAGAAGCUCAGUCCGAACACCCGCUACGAGUUUGUGGUGCGUCUUCAUGUCGACCAGAUGUCCAGUCCGUGGAGUUCUACUGUUUACCACCAAACUUUGCCGUCAGUGCCGAGCCAUCCUCCCGCUGCGGUGAGGCUCACUCUGAUCGAGGACGACACUGUGCUGGUGUCGUGGAGAGAGCCUCCAGAGCCCAAUAUCGUGGUCACACAUUACACCAUCAUGUACGCCUCGCAACUGUCAUGGCUGUCUGGAAACUGGCAGAUUCUACAACGAGAGGGAAGUCACACAAUGGCCCUGUUGGAGAAGCUGGACCCUGGGAGCAUUUAUCUGGUGAAGAUCUCUGCUUCCAACCAACAGGGAGACGGGCCUUUCUCUAACCCUGUGGAGCUGGCUCUGAAGAGAGGGAGCGGGCACCGCAGCAAGAACCCCAGACACUCCGACACCUUUCCCGACUCUGCAGUGUUUUCUGACGGCCGCUAUCACAUCGACCAGAACUCCAUGACAGGGAUCAUAGUUGGCGUGAGCAUUGCUCUGUCCUGCAUCAUCAUGUGUGCUCUCAUUCUCAUCAGCAAAGGCAGACCAAGAAAAAUGUCUGGCCACAAAGGGAUUUCUGUUGGGAACCCUGACGUACUGAGACCAGGUCACCCUCUUCCAAACCAGCGUCAGGUGGAGAAUGUGGAGGCCCUGAUUCCGAUGAUGAGCGAUCACUUCACUGAUGCCAAGGGCGCUAUAAUUAUAAAUACAGCUGGUCCAGUCAACAACAAAAACCAAAGUCGAAGAUGGCUGCUCUUCAGCAAAGAGAGAAACGGCGCGGCAGAGAAUGACGCCGAGAGUCGAGCCAGUUUGUACGAAGCUGGUAAAACCGUCCUCACGUACGAAGAGCGCUUGGGUGCGGCGCCACUCCCGCCUUCGUCCCGAGAGAUGAUCUACGGCCCCCUCCACUCCGAGAGCUCCCAGUCCAGCGAGGGCAGCCACGAGACGGGAGACUCCGGACACUACUCCAACGAAGUCAGCAACGAAGAGAUGAGCAACCCCUCCACCUCCCAGAACUCCAGGCCUGCGUCUUUUGGCCCCAUGGAAGACGACGUUUGCACUAUCUCCGAAACAAAGCAGUCGAUGGAAGUACAGAAUGAAGAGAUUCUCGGACGACGCAAGCAUCACUCCGGCUCCGAUUCUCUCCACUGCGGCAGGGAAGCUCCUCGUAUGAUCCAGCGCUUGAUCCAAGACGUCGAAUCGUGA